UUACUGUUCAAACAUUUGACUAUUAAAGUACAAUAAUAGUCGUUUUGUAUGUGAUUAUGCGUUAUGGGAAGCAAAAAACAUAGCAAACUAACAAUCGUUUCAAACAACCUAAGUGUCUUUCAAAAUGAAGUUCCUAUUCGUCGUAGCCCUCAUUGUCCUGGCCAUCCAACUGGCUUCCUCUACUAGUACUACUACAACCACUACAACAACAACCACCGAUGCCACCACUACAACAACCACCACCACCGAUGCCACCACCACGACGACAACCGCCGCUUCCACCCACAAGAAGCGUUGUUGGAAGGGCAACAACUGGUGCCACACCCGCAUCCCCAAGAGGAAGUGCAAGCACCCAAAGAGGUGCCACAAGACCAUCGUGAUUGUGACCCACAAGAAGAACAAAAAGAACUAG